CUCCCUGCCCCUGGAUGCCAUUGCCACCUCGUCUUCAAACUCUAAGCACGGUCUCCGUCAGUCGGUCACAUUUCGCGCGCAGCAGCAGCAGCAGAAGCAGCCAUGGUCAGGAAGCUCGCGCUCGCCUCCCUCUUCUUCAACGCCAGCGAGGGAAGCCAGUGCCUUUCCUCCUCGGCCUCCUUCAGCACGGCGGCGUCGUGGCAGUGGCCGUCUUGCACGCAGGCGAGGACGCGCUCCUUCCGGGGCGAGAUCGUGUCCAUGCGCCACGUCGACACCAGCAGCAGGCGAGAGGAGCAGGAGGGGUACAAGACGAGCAUGAACCCAGCCUACGUCGUCCACGACUGCUACUCCAGCUCCCUAUCCGACUCCUCCGCGGCGCCAGCAGAGCCCGCUGCGGACGAGGACGAGGCCAUCAUCCACGGCCUCCGCUCGUCCACCACCCGUCGGCUCCUGUUCGAGCCCGAGUCCACGAGCUCCAUCGUGAAGAAGACGAAAAAGGAGGCGGCGUUCAGCGGGGCCACGGCGCUGGCCAUCGAGUCCGCCGAUCCGUACGGUGACUUCCGGCGGUCCAUGGAAGAGAUGGUGCUGAGCCACGGCGCCGGCGACGACUGGGCCUGGCUCGAGGAGAUGCUGGGCUGGUACCUCAGGGCCAACGGCAAGAGGACGCACGGCCUCAUCGUCGGCGCCUUCGUUGACCUGCUCGUGGCGCUCGCCUCCUCCUCUGCUCCCUCUCCCGCCGUCUGCUCCUCCAGCUUGAAGCAGAGCAGCCAUCUUAUUCUUGAGGCUGCUGCCGAGAUAGAGUGAUAGACGAACACCCAACGCGAACAGAGUAGGCGAGUCACGAGUGGCUAAUGCGUGUGUGUGACUGAUUUGAAUUCGAUCGAUUCGUGACGUGACAAAUGUUGGCAACCAAAAUUCGUGUCAUGAUUUGCUAACUAGGAGUAAUCAGAAAGUAAUUAUGUAGGAGACACUUCAGCAUGGAACAAAAAUUUGUGUAUGCUGAAUAACUGCAUGCGCAUGAUUGCUGCUGCUAUCACGUUUCUGCACCGCAUGUGAGCUAUGUGUUUAUGUACUGAUACAAUAGUAAUCCCUUGUUCGGUUAUGAUUGCAUUA